CAACUUUCCUCCUGACCACAAGCGAUCACGGACAUCUCUUGUGCACGCAAGCCGCUUUCUCGCCUAGUGUGUGCUGUAUACGAGACGAUACGUACGUACCACCACUGUAGUAAGUACUACGUACGUACUGCAUCCAUUUUCUCAUUUCCGGCCGGCCUCCCACAGACAUGGCAGACGACGCGGGGCCUGGCGGCGAGGCCAAGUACCCGCUCAACCCGGAUUGCUACCGCCUGCUCUGCAAGAUCGGGAGCGGCGUCAGCGCCGUCGUGUACAAGGCCGCGUGCCUGCCGCUCGGCUCCGUGCCGGUGGCCAUCAAGGCCAUCGACCUCGAGCGCUCCCGCGCCAACCUGGAGGACGUGUGGCGGGAGGCCAAGGCCAUGGCGCUCCUGUCGCACGCCAACGUCCUGCGCGCGCACUGCUCCUUCACCGUGGGCAGCCACCUGUGGGUGGUCAUGCCGUUCAUGGCCGCCGGCUCUCUGCACUCCAUCCUGGCCCACGGCUUCCCCGACGGCCUCCCGGAGCCGUGCAUCGCGGUGGUGCUCAAGGAGACGCUCCGUGCGCUCUGCUACCUUCACGAGCAGGGCCGCAUCCACCGCGACAUCAAGGCCGGGAACGUCCUCGUCGACUCCGACGGCUCCGUCAAGCUCGCCGACUUCGGCGUGUCCGCGUCCAUAUACGAGACCCCGCCGCCGGCGUCGUCCUUCUCCGGGCCCCUGACCCACGCCCCCCAGGUUGUCCUCAGCUCUUCUUCCUACUUCAGCGAGAUGGCAGGGACGCCGUACUGGAUGGCGCCGGAGGUCAUCCACUCGCACGUCGGCUACGGCAUCAAGGCCGACAUCUGGUCGUUCGGCAUCACGGCCCUGGAGCUCGCGCACGGCCGGCCGCCCCUCUCCCACCUGCCGCCGUCCAAGUCGAUGCUGAUGAGGAUCACGAGCCGCGUCCGGAUGGAGGACGCGGAGAUCUCCAAGAACAAGAAGCUAUCCAAGGCGUUCAAGGACAUGGUGUCCUCCUGCCUGUGCCAAGAGCCGGCCAAGCGGCCGUCGGCGGAGAAGCUUCUCCGGCACCCGUUCUUCAAAGGCUGCCGCUCCAAGGACUACCUCGUCCGCAACGUCCUCAGCGUCGUGCCGAGCAUCGAGGAGCGCUGCAAGGACGUCACGGGCCUCUGCGGCUGCGCCGCCGGGGGCGCGCGCUGCGUGUCGCCGUGCCACGGCCAGGCGAGCGCGAGCAUCGUCAAGAACCGCCGCAUGAGCGGCUGGAACUUCGGCGCGGACUGCCCGAGGAAGGAAGACGCGGACAGCUUUGAGGAGCUCGACCAGACCGAGACGGUAGCACGGCUGUUCCUUCCACUCGACGACGAGGACACGGUGCCCGAGCGGGCCUGCGACGGCGCCGGAGAAGAUGGAGACAAGGGAACAAUGGAGCAGCAAGGUGAUCGAGAGGAAAACGAGGGAUCGUUCGGCGUGAAAGGGGUGGUGGUGCCGCAUCUGAUGACUAUCUUGGGAAGCCUCGAGGUGCAGAAGAGGAUGCUGGCCCAAGAACUGGAAGGUGGCUGCUGCUAUCACCACGACGGCAACUGCUGCCGCGAGACGACGGCCAGGGAGGAGAUGCUACUCGCGUACGUGCGUCAGCUCGAGCAGAGGGUGGAGGUGCUGACCUUGGAGGUCGAGGAGGAAAUCGCCAGGAAUGCCCACCUGGAGGAGCUUCUUCGUGAGAGGGCUGGUUGAUACUCUUGCGGGCAGCCGCACAUGUAUGCGUCCAUUCCGUUUGCGGAUGCGUGCUCGUGUAUUUGAAUUGUUCAAGAUACACAAUGGCAUCCACGUAGUAGGACGUAACACCCAAGAAGUACCAAUAUGUAGGUAUAUAAUUGAACAACUUGUAUCAAUAUGUACAUUAUGGAUGACAACUUGACACAGAGAGAUGAUUGUGCA